AAGCGGUUCCAUUGAUUUCACCCACCAAUCACGUCAGAGCAUAGCACCGAUCCGCUGAGCUUUUUGUCACCUUCGGUGGCUCCGACCCACUUCCGAUCCAUCAACUGAAAACUCAGAAUCAGUCUGUUUUUGUUUGCAUUUGGGAAAAAAUUUGAUAAUUUGAGCUUCAAUUUGCUGCAAUAAGACACCAAUUCAUCUGGGAAACAGAGAAAGAGAAGUAUGGUAUAUCAUUCUAGCUUUGUGGAUGAGGAAGGAAUUACUAAAGCUUGUGGGUGCCCUCUGCUUCCUUUAAAAAGCCAUAUAAAGGGUCCUGCUCCAGCUUCUGGUCAAGAUAGAACUGACAUCGUAGAUGAAGCAAUUACAUUCUUUCGCGCCAAUGUCUUCUUCAGAAACUUUGAUAUUAAGAGUUCGGCGGAUAAGCUCCUCAUAUAUUUGACAUUUUACAUUAAUGUGGCUUUGAAGAGGCUUGAAGGUUGCAGAACUUUGGCCGAAGGAACUAAGGCAAUCAUCAACUUGGGUUUGGAAAAGGUUCCAGUCCCUGGAGAGUCCGGUUUUCCUUUUCCAGGCCUUUUCCCCCUUCCGCAGUCUCAGCAGGAAGCAGAGCUGCUGAGGAAUUAUUUGAAGCAGAUAAGGGAGGAAACAAGUGGGAGACUAUUGAGUGUUGCAUAUAGACCCAAUGGGACUCCAAAUAAAUGGUGGUUAGCUUUUGCCAAGAGGAAAUUCAUGAACAUUAUCGUCCCUUGAAGUGUUUCUUGUAAAGACUACCCCAUCUAAUGAAACACGCGUGCUUUACUCCCAAGCAUUGUCUUCCUUUUCGCUGAAGAAUCUUGUACCAAGUAAUUGAAGUAGUGGAAUGAUGCACCUUGUGCUAUAUUACAGUUCCUAUAAAUGACCAAUUUCUUUAUUUUUCUCUG